AUGAAGACAGUACUAAAUGAGAUUAAAACUGAUGAUUAUCUAAAUUAUGAAGUAAUCAAACAACAGAUCAUACGUUAUUGUCGUUUUUGUCCGAUGAAACUCCGCGAUGAAUUCUUUUUGGCUCGGAAGGCACAUGAUGAGACAUAUCCUGCAUUUACAUCGAGACUACAUCGAAAUCUCCGAUUCUAUUUACAAAGUCGGAAGGUUGAAACGUUGGAUCAAGCACUUUCAUUGCUAGUCGUAGACCGAAUGAAGGAAUUGUUGCCAAAAAACUUGUUGGAACAUGUAUUAGCUCAGGAAGGUGAGGAAUGGUUAACCCACAAACGUCUGGCCAAUGUUGUGGAGAUAUAUGAGGCCAACAUGAACAUGAGACUGUCUAGUAAUGUAGCCCCAGGCUAUAAACCACUCCAAACGGCUGUACGUCCUGGAACAGAUCCCAAAUGGCUCAACAAAGAGGUUGUAAAAGGAUCAAUAUCAAAGGUAGGUUGUUAUAACUGUGGUAGUCGGGGACAUCUUGCUAAAUUUUGUACCCAAAAAACAAAUCAUAACCCCAUCAAGAAGUUCAUGAAAUGCCAGGUCACUGCUAUGUCUCAGGCCACAAAGGAGUUGCAGAAACCAAGUAUUACUCCUGGGACCAUACAGGCUGAAAAAUACUUUAAAAGACCAUUUGUUCAGGACUUAUGUCACAAGUUAAACAUACCCAGAGGGGAACGUUUGAAGAUCAAGGGAUGGAAUGGACCAACGACAGAAGUAGAUGGUGCAUGGGUAAUGAUGGCCUAUAACCCUGAUGAAGGCGAAAGUAUUGCCCCCACUGUACGAGUAUGGUGUGCAGUGGUACCUAAUGCCAGCGAACAGUUAAUUAUUACACCCAAGGUGGUGGAAUUAUUGAAGAUGGCAGAACAGUAUGUGGUACCUGCCGUGAAACUCGAAAUGACCAAGAAUAUCACACCAAUCAAGUUGGGGAAUGAGAGCACCUUGACGUUCUACAACCCUGAUAGCCUCCAGAUACCAUGUCAGGAGAGGUAUGGACGAUCUGAUAGGCGUGAUGGUGUUGAUGCAGCCAAACGUCGUGUCAGUGAAAAUGAUAAGUGUAAUGAUGAAAGCAUUGUUAUAUCACAUGAGAUUAACAAAGCUGGUACACAUACAGUUCACAACAAUAAUAGUAAUAACAAUAAAAGUAUUGUUGGACGAUAUGAAAUAGCUCACAACAGUAGCAACGACCACAGCAACGCCAGUGGUAAAUUGAUAUCUAAAAACAGUGGUAGUGAAAGUACUUCCCACAAUGGCAACGACAGCAAUAGCAGCGACGACAAUAUUGGCAGUAAAGGUACUCACAACAAUAAUGGUGAUAAUACGAAGAUCAAUGUUAGAUCGAAAGUGGCUUACAAUAACUACGAUAUUAAUAAUGGUAAAAUAAAUGGCAGCAGUAUGUUAGAUAAGGUUGGGAAUGAACUAGUUAAUGAAAAUAAUAAUUGUAAAAUAGAUGGCAGUGGUAUUGUAGAUAUAGUUGAUGAUCAUGAGGUUGAUGAGGAGAAAGAUGAUGAAGUCAGUGGAAUUAAUAAUUGUAAUUUGGAUGCCAGCAGUGUUGAUGGUGAUGAGGAUCACGACGUUGAUGGUGAGGAGGAUGAGAAGAUGGAAUGUAAUGUUGGUAAUGUUGAUCAGGCAGAUGAUGCUGGUAACGUUGGUCAGUCGGAUGAAGCAGAUAAGGUAGAUGGUGUUGGAGAUGUGGUUCGGUCAGGGGAAGCAAGGGUUGGUAGCGAUGGUGGUCGAUUGGUCGAUGAUGAAGAGGCGGAUGUUCAUGAUAAUGAUGGUAGUCAGGAAGAUGUGACGAUGAAGAAUAAUAAAUGUAAUGUUAGAGAUGAAGAUGAUGAAGAGAGUGUGGAAGGUGGCUGUACGCUGGAAAAGGAAAAAUUCCUUCAGGAACAACGUUAA